CUUUGCGCACAGCUGAUCGCUUGGUUUAUCACGCGUGCGAUUCCGAAGGUGCUUUUUUUUUAUUUCGUUAUUUACAAAGCUUGCAGAAACACAAAACAACCAGGACAACUACGUGUCGCACAAAUGUGUAAGCAAAGCAACAGCAAACAGUAAAUUCGCUGGUUGAAGAUAAUUCCACAUAGUAUUUUGGCAUGGCCGACCUGGACAACAAAAAGGCCACGCCCCUGGUGUCGCCGCCUUCUGCCACAGCGGAUGCAACUGGCAGCGAUACAUCGGAGGAGGAAGAGUAUCUGGAUAAUAGCAUUGAGUUGCGUGGUUAUUUAAGCAAAUGGACCAAUUACAUUUAUGGCUGGCAACCACGUUAUAUUGUACUCAAAGAUGGCACACUCUCCUACUACAAAUCGGAAUCCGAGUCUGACUUUGGCUGUCGUGGCGCCAUCAGCCUCUUCAAGGCGACCAUUAAGGCACAUGAAUCCGAUGAGCUGCGUUUCGAUGUCGUCGUCAACAAUCUGAACAACUGGUGUCUGCGCGCCGAGACGAGCGAGGAUCGGAUGCACUGGGUGGAGGUGUUGCAGCUAUAUAAGGAGGGCACGGGCAGCACGGACACCACCUCGUUGCGUCGUCAUGGCAGCACAAUGUCGCUGCAGUCCAAUACGAUCUCGUUGGCCAGCGGUGGCAGCUUGAAGAGAACGAUACGCAAUCUACGCGAGAAGGUUGGCGAACUGGAGACCUUCAAGGAUAUACUCUUUGGCCAAAUUGAGACACUGCAGCGUUACUUUGAUGCCUGCUCCGAGCUAAACAAAGCCAAUGCACAGCCAUUGGAUCUGGGCGAUGGCUUAAAGCCCAUUGAUUUCAGGGGCGAGUCCAUCACAUUCCGGGCCACAACAUCUGGUGUGUUGAGUACAUUGCAGCAUUGCCUCGAAAUCAUUGCCGAGAAUGAUGAAUCAUGGAAACGCAAAUUGGAGCGUGAAAUUGAUAAGCGUCGACGCGCCGAGGAGCAGAAUAAAAAGUUCAAGGAUGAAAUAGAAAAGCUUAAGCGUUUAUCAUAUCCCGGCCCAGACUUUGAGGAGGGUCCACAUUCCACAUUGCCCGAGGAUGAGUUCUUUGAUGCGGUUGAAACGGGCCUGGAGAAAAUCGAGGAGGACAUGCAACUGCGCUUCAAACUGAGACUGCAAUCGCAAAUCUCGCAAACGUUGGUCAACGUGCCGCACGAGGCCGUUGCCGAGGGCGAGGAGGCACGCGAGGAGUUUGGCACCGGUGCCGAGGCGAAAUCUCACGCCCUUUGGCCGGAGAUCGAUCGCGUGUGCAAGGAGCAGCUGCACUAUGCACGCGAGGGUGUUGGCCAGGACGGCAAUGGUUGGCAAAUCUUUGCGGAUGAGGGCGAAAUAAAAAUGUACAAACGCGAGGAGGAGGUCAACGGCAUGGUUAUGGAUCCCCUGAAGGCCUAUCACUCGGUCAAAGGAGUCACAGCGCGCGAAAUGUGCCAUUAUUUCUUUAUGCCUGAAUUCCGCAACGAUUGGGAGACCACGCUGGAAGAUUGCACAAUAUUGGAGAAAAUCUCAGCGGAUACAUUGCUCUUUCUGCAAACACACAAACGCAUUUGGCCCGCCAGCCAACGUGAUGCACAAUUCUGGUCGCAUAUGCGCAAAAUUAAUGACGGCCUCGAGCCGGAGUCACGGGACAUGUGGGUUGUCUGUAAUAACUCCACGGAUUAUGCCAAACAGGAGUCGAAGAAUGGCAAAUGCGUACGCAUCUUUCUGACGGUCAUUUUAGCCUGCCAAACAUUUUUGCCGGAAGAUUAUGUCAAGGGUCAGCCGCUAAAUCGCAAUGAUCUAACCUGCAAAGUAACCUACUGUUCUGUGGUAAAUCCCGGUGGCUGGGCACCAGCGAGCGCCUUACGUGCCGUCUAUAAGCGUGAAUAUCCCAAAUUUCUGAAACGUUUCACCGGCUAUGUGAUAGACCAGUGCAAGGAUAAACCAAUAAUGUUCUGAUAUUUUGCCAUAAGCAAAGAAGCAAUCAAUCAACCAAUCAAAACAAGCAUAUGUUAAUCGUCUAAUUGUCGUUUUGUAAUUUAGUUGGUAAGUUGCAACACACACACGAUCUUAAAUCCAGUUUUAUACACGUUAACCGUUGUUAGUUGACUUUUGGACCCGCCCUCGUCCUAUCCUAUUCCCCAGUAACAAUACUACUACUACUACUACGAUGUAAAUGUGCUUUAAGUGAAAUGUUAGAUUGUUCAUUUUGUAAUCCAAGUAAACUUGUCUAGCCUUAAGUUAUUGCUAAGUGAUAAAACAAAGAAAACAAUACACACCCACAAACAUUGUAUAGCGCUCUCAGCUCUCAAUGUGUUGUAACUCGAUUUGAAAUGCUUUAAAUGCAACAAUUGCAACAAAUAUCUGUUUGUUUUUAGGAAUACUAUAAUUACCCAAUUAAGUUUUGUUCAUUUCGAUACGCCUGAAUCUAUAUAAAUUAGUCUCUGUUCUCUUUUUAUCACACAAUCAACAAACCUUUUUUUUAAGUGUCGAAUGUAAAUAAAAGCGAUUUAUUGUUAACUCAACAAAUGAAAUGGUGCACUGCAAAAAAUAAAAGACCAAGAGUUUUGCUUAA